AUCUGCUCAAGUGGUUUUCAGUCACUGCUGCAAUCUCGACCGGACGCUAACUUGUCCCGGUCCACGUUUUGCAGCUUGAAAACAGUCACAGUGGCGAUAAGCAGCUCUGUGGAAGCGGGGGGGAUUGGCCCAUCGCUGCCCAGACAAGACUGUUGUGAAAGUGUUGAGCUCUGAGGAGGAAUGUAGUGACAGGUCUAGACCUGAACUUCCGCAUUAAGCAGGAAGAAGUCAACAGUCAGACAGCCAGAUGCAAUCCACAUCAACACACCCAAAUCUGCCUGCUUAUGACCGUUUUUGUGCAUCUUUUGGCGUUGAGCUUUGUUAGAGAACAACAUUUCCAGGUGGAGCUAUUGUCCAUGAAGCUGUUAUCUCGAAAGUAACUGGUGAACAAAAAGGGGAUUUGAAAAGAUGGAUGACAUUGACGCCAUGUUCAGCGACCUGCUGGGGGAGAUGGACCUCCUCACUCAGAGUCUGGGUCAGGAAACUGUGCCUCCUGCGCCGCUCCCCAGCACCAAGGAGGAAGCCAACUUCUCCAUCGGCUUCACUGACCUCAACGCGUCCCUCCAUGAGCUGGAGGACAAUGACUUGGACGCUCUCAUGGCUGAUCUGGUGGCCGACCUCAACGCGACCGAAGAGAAACUCGCAGCGGAGAUCGAAGGCCUGAAGGUGCCGACGCCGCCCCCAUCGGAGCUGCCGCUGCCGCCGCCGCCCAACGACCUGAUCACGCCACCGGCCUCCUCGCUCAUCUCACCAACAUCCCCCGCAAGCACCAGCAGCAAUGUUAGCACCCCAUCCCCCUCCACCACCUCCCCCUUACCACCUCCUCAGUCGAAGAAGCCCACAAAGGAGGAAAUCGAGGCACAGAUGAAGGCAGACAAAAUCAAACUCGCUCUGGAGAAGCUUAAGGAAGCCAAAGUGAAAAAGCUGGUGGUGAAAGUGCUGAUGAACGACGGCUCCUCCAAGACUCUGAUGGUGGAUGAAAGGCAAAACGUCAGGGAAGUUCUGGACAACAUGUUUGAGAAAACUCACUGUGACUGUAAUGUGGACUGGAGCCUGUGUGAGACCAACCCUGAACUGCAACUCGAACGGACGUUUGAAGACCACGAGAACCUUGUGGAGCCGCUCUUAGCGUGGACGCGGGACAGCGAGAACAAAAUCCUCUUUCAAGAAAGAGGGGAAAAGCAUGAGGUUUUCAAAAACCCACAGAACUUUUAUCUAUGGAAGAAGGAUAAGAAAACUCUCAAAGACAUUAAAGACAAAGACAAGGAGUUAUUAAUACAGGAGAACUUCUGCGGCACUUCCAUCAUCGUGCCUGAUCUCGAGGGGGUUCUGUACCUCAAAGAAGACGGCAAGAAGUCCUGGAAGCAGCGGCUCUUCCAGCUGAGGGCAUCGGGAAUUUAUUACGUGCCCAAAGGGAAGACCAAGUCCUCCCGUGAUCUCGUCUGUUUUAUCCAGUUCGACAACGUAAAUGUCUACUAUGGCAAAGACUUCAAGAGCAAAUACAAGGCCCCGACUGACUUCUGCUUUGUUCUGAAGCAUCCUCAGAUCCAGAAAGAGUCUCAGUACAUCAAGUACUUGUGCUGUGAUGACGCUUGGAGCAUGAAUCUUUGGGUGACCGGGAUACGGAUUGCGAAGUACGGCGUGUCGCUGUAUGAGAACUUUAAAACAGCAGAGAAGAAGGCUGCUGUGAGUGCUGUGUGGACGAACCGCAGCACUCCAUCGAGCUCCAAUCCAUCAACACCUUCACCCACCAUCAAAGCAAAAUCUCCAAGCCAGGCCAAUGGUCAUGCUCCCAAACCCCAACCAGGGCCUGUUCCCCAGGACUUCCCUCCUCCACCUCCACCUCCACCGCUGGGUGAAAUCCUUCCUCCUCCUCCUCCGGACCCCAUCCUUCCUCCUCCAAUGCCUCCUUUGGCUGCAAAGAGUGCCUUGAAACCUGCUGGCCCACAGAAACACCUGCCGACCAAUUUCCCUCCACCUCCACUUGCGAUGGACAACCUCCCCCCUCCACCGCCGCCUCCACCCAUCGACGACGCCUCUGAGGCUCCACCGGACUUCCUUCCACCUCCUCCUCCAGCCGCCGGCUUCGGUUCACUCCCACCUCCUCCGCCAUCGAUGGUGAACUCUCUACCACCUUCACCGGCUAGUUUCGGGGGCAUGGGCCUUCCUCCUCCACCACCAGAUCCAGUGUCUUUACCUCCACCACCUCCAUCUCAGCCGGUGUUCACAGGAGCUGGGGCACCCCCACCACCUCCACCACCUCCUCCACCACCUGCCGCCCCUGCUGCUGUUCCACGAGUAGCUGUGCGGCCCGCAGGGUCCCUGAAGAAGGUUCCUCCUGCCCCACCAAAGAGGACUACACCACCGCUGCACGGAGGAGGAGGUGGAGGAGGAGGUGGAGACUUCAUGUCAGAACUGAUGCUCGCCAUGAAGAAGAAGAGUUCGGAUCAUUAAUCAAUCAUCAAUUUGUGGAUUAUAAAUAUAGUACGAACUUCAUCUGCUUUUCUGUAAGAAAAAGCAAAUGUGUCUUUAAAGAUACUCAUCAAUGUAUUCACAGUUUACGAAGCAAAAGACCAAAAAGUUACCUUUUAAAGAAAAUGUUAUACCUCUUUUUUACAGAGUUUGGAAACUGGUGUCACAAUUUGCUGUAAGAUGCAAUAUUUGUAAACAGUUAUUUUUUAUGACAUUAAAAUCAAAAAGCUGUCGUCAUACUUCCAAGAGACACUUUUAUAAGAUUGUAUAUAUGUUUGCAUGGAUGAUGGGCUGUAAAUACUGUAAAAACACAUUCUCACAGUGUCCAGGGAAUAUACAGUGUACCCAGUUAAUUUUCAGAUGACUGUUACCCAAAUAAAACCUCCUAAAUAUA